AUGGUGAUCGUCACCUUCCCCAAGAGCAUUAUGAAGUUCACAGACUUACCAACCUCUGACUCCGGCUACACCACCGCGGAGGGUGAGCAGCCCAAGCCUUCUGCUCCCUUGACUCACAAACAGCUCCUAGAAAGGAACCCGAAGGACACUGAGAAUGUGACCUCGCGUCUGGCUACUGAAAUAAGAGCCUUGAAGACCUACCACAUCUCCAAGGAUCUUGUCGGCCUCGCCCCCAGACGAGGAUGGCCUUCCCACGAGGCGAAGGAAGAGGUGAUGAGCCCUCGCAUGAAGGAGCGACUUGCAAGAUUGAGGGGCGAUAUCAAUGGGCUGUUGAGACGAGCCUUCAAAUCCUCCCCCAAAAACCUCCAACAAGCCCUUGACGACGACUACGGCUGCUUCAACCUGCUCUGGUUUCCCGACAUCUCCUCGUACGACUCCUACGACGAUCUUUUGACUGUCUCUCUGUAUUGCACCUGGCUCUUCGUCUGGGACGACCUGACCGACUCCAACGACACUUCCUUCUCACUCGACGACGGGCUCGGUACCGACUUUGAGCGGGCUUGCUUCUGGCGCGAGGAGACGGUCAAGUUGGCCUGGGAGUGUAUUGUUGGUGGUGAUGACGAUGGUGACGAUGGUAACGACCAGUUGUUGUAUUCUCCUGGAAGCAACAUGGACGACAACAUGCCGGAUAGUAGUACCAGUACCCUGCUGACAGGCUCGCAACUCAUCCUCCAUGAAUUUGGCAAGAGGAUCCGGAAGAGUAGCAGGCUGAAUCAAGCGCAGCGCGACCGCCUAUUCCAGGAAACGGUGAGGUACAUCAAGGGCUGUGAGAUGGAGCAGGCACAGAGGCUGGCGGGGUACUUGCCCAAGAGCGGGGAGGAGAUCUUCUCCGAAAUCCCCAUCCCAGACUGGGUAUUCUACUCGCCCGAGAUGCGAACCAUCUGGAAGGAUGGGAACUUUUUGGUUGUUGUCUACAACGACAUCUUGUCCUUCAAAAAAGAACUUGCCACCGACUCCCUCAUCAACAUCAUUCCGAUAUUCUACUCCUCCGGCGGCAUUCCCUGGGACGAAGUCAUGCCUACCAUCGGGGACAGCAUCGAAGCGGCUGUCCAGCGGAUAGACGAGGCAACCCAAAAGCUGAUUGCGAUGACGCGAGACAAUCUUGAAUUGGAAAAGGCCGUGGUCCAGUUCAUUGAUGGAAUCAAAGUCAAUGUCACGGGGAAUAUUGGAUAUUCGAUUGCUACGAAGAGGUAUAGCUCGCUCUUCAAGAACUUGAAUGAGGAUGGGACGCUUGUGAUUCAGCUGUGA